GAAUGGCGGCGGAUAAAAACAAAAAAAUAAAUGCGAAAAAAGGCAAUAAAAUGACUCCAUUACAUCUGGCAUGUAUCGUUGGCGAAAUUGAAAUAGUUGAGGCUUUGGUGGAUGAAGGUGCUGCAAUAGAUGAAACCUGGGAAAGUGGAGCAACACCACUGAUUACAGCUGCAAAAUAUGGACACGAGAAUAUUGUGGAGUAUCUUAUUCAUAACAGUGCGGAUAAAACAAUUGAAACCUGUAAAGGUUACACAGCUUUGUUGACGUCGGCAAAGUAUGGAAAAUCUCACAUAGUUACAUAUUUGCUGAAGGAAAAAGAUGAUAUAAAUGUACAAGCAAAAGAUAGCAGUACUAUUAUCCAUGUGUGUGCAACAAAAAACCAAUUGACAGUUUUAGAAAAGAUGAUAGAAGAAAGUGGAAAGAAAAAUGAGCUCAUUGACAUGGUGAAUAUUCCGGAUAAGAACGGAAACACUCCACUUCACAUUGCAGCAAUGAAAGGUUAUUUCACAUUUGCAAAGUUUCUCUUGGAGCAACUCGGCUCUGCAAAAAGCCUAAAAAUAAAGAUUUCAGGACACCGCUACACUUGGCUGUCAUCAACGGACACGUGAAGAUUCUGAAAUACCUUUUAAGAUUUAGAUAACGGAUUAGCUUAUGACACUGAUAAAAUCGAAACACAGCACUUCAUUUGGCGGCCUUGGAGGAAAGAGCCACUUGUGUGCGACUGCUUUUGGAGUCGGGGGCCAAUUUUUAUGCCAAAAACAAAGAUGACC